CACUUGUGAUUCCAGUGUAUAUGUUAACACAGAUUAUCCCAAGGCGGUUAUCAUUUGGUCUGUUUUCCCGUUGGAACAGACGGUAUGCAAACACUCGCUGGUUUCUAUGAAUCAACUUGGUCGCCUUUCCGCGGAUCCCGCGCGGGUCUGGGCAGAGGUCUAAUUCACGCACGCGAGGAUUUCAAUUAGAGCGUACUCGUCGCGCUCCGCAGCAUUAGUUCGCGAGCCUGUGCGGGGUCCGGGAGCUUCCACGCGACGCUGAACGUGCAGUCGGCGCACAGCCCGCGCGGCUCACCGUCACUUCGCCCAGUGCGAGCGAGCUUCCCGAAGGCAGGCUGCACGCGCGCUCACUUCUCGUGCAGGCGCGAGAUCGUUUGGAUGCCGAUCAUUUGAAGCGCGACUGGAUAACAAUGACGGACCCAUCGGCUCCUGCCCCGAGUCCCGCACCCGACCCGACUGUCGUGAGUCCCGUGGCUCUGAACGGACUGUGCGAAACUGCAGAGCCGCGGCAGCCCAACACAGAAAGUCCCGGAGACACUUUCCAUAUGGACCAGCAGAUGAAGAUAAGCGACGUGGAAGACAAAGACCUUCUGGAGAGCAGUUUGCGCCUAAAACCCCACGAGGCCCAGAGUUACCGUAAGAAGGCGUUGUGGGUGUCGUGGGUGUCCAUCGUAGUGACGCUAAUCCUGGCCAUAGCAGCGUUCACUGUUUCCGUAAUGAGACGUAGUGCCUCAGCCUUCGGCUUUGCAUUUGACGCAAUUCUAGAUGUGCUCUCCUCCAUCAUCGUGAUCUGGCGCUAUAGCAACGCGGCAGCUGUGCACUCUGCACACAGGGAGUACAUAGCGUGUGUUAUUCUGGGGGUGGUGUUCAUCCUGUCAGCUCUUACCAUCCUGGUGAAAGCCAUCCAUGCACUUGCCACCAAAGUACUACCGGAAGUGGACGACUUCCUCUACAGCGUGUCUGUCAUCAGUGGCGUGGCGUGUGUGAUUCUGGCCAUCGUGAAAUGCAUGCUGGGUAAAGUCCUUACAAGCAGAGCCCUCAUUACUGACGGUUUUAAUUCGCUGGUGGGCGGAGUCAUGGGCUUCUCCAUCCUGAUCAGUGCGGAAGUGUUCAAGCACAAUCCAAAGGUGUGGUUCCUGGACGGAACCAUCGGCGUCCUCAUUGGUCUCACCAUCCUGACCUACGGACUUAAGCUUUUGGUCGACAUGGUGCCUCGGGUGAGACAGACGAGACACUACGAGCGCUUCGAGUAGGACCCGCUCCGCCCAGCCAAGGGAUGCAGACAGAGCCAUCUGCAGGCCUACACCUCCCGUACACACACUGAGGAAGACCCACCCCCACAUAGCACAGUCCCUCACAGUGAGCUGCGUCUCUCAUCUCCACCGUCACCGUCACCGAACCUGCGGGAGAGGAGGAUGAAUAAGGGAGAGGAGAGGUGUACCGGCAUGGAAGCGUGGAAAGUUAGCACAGCUAUUUGCAAAUAGGUGUUCAUGGCAUGGAAUAUUGGAGAUAUUAGUGAGAAGUCAUUGUCCUCUGGAGAGAAAGAGGUAGACAGACAGACAGACAGACACACACACAC